AUGGAUGUGAUAGGACAUGAAGUGGAGACGAGACUCUCGAGGUUGACGUCGAGGAGGCGCCUCUGCCGCCGGCGUAACCGGGCGUCGAAGGCGGCCGGACAGCUGACGGAAAAGCACAAGUGUCCAUCUCGGCAGCCCGGCGGCGGCUCACGUCCCCCCCUCGGCCCCCAUCGAUCUGAUCGCGAGCCGCUUUUCCGCUUACCGGUUUGGUCAUCUUCCGGAAAAACCGUUCCAUGA